CAAAAAAUUAGGGUUUCUUUUCGCUCUCCCCCCCUCCGCCCGAGAAGCAAUCUUCCAAUCGAUCAAGAUCCUCCAAUCCAGCUUGCUCUUACACAACUUCCUCUCUUCCACAGAUUUUCUUACCCUUCCUCGUUCCUUCCUUCCAUGGCUAGAACCAGGGGAGGCCUCACCCGCCGCAGCACCAACCCCGAAGGUACUGCUAGCGCCGCCGGUCGCACGAGGCUCGAGUCCUAUACCAUUCCCGCCACCACCUACAAAGUCGGCGACUGCGUGCUGAUUAGACCUAACGCAACUGGGGACGAGCACCCUUUCCUUGCCAGAAUCGAGGGCAUCGAUUUCUACUCCGUAAACAACGUCGACGUCCACGUCAGGCGGUACUACCGCCCCGACGACGAGACUUUCAAAUGGGCUCAGAGGUUCCACGGCAAAAAAGAGGUCUUUCUUUCCGACCACUGGCAGGUCGUGAGCGUCCGCGCCAUCGAGGGCAAGUGCACU